GUUCCAAAAAUAUGGCCCCUCAGACUGCAAGCCUGUUGCAGAGUAUGUGUAUGAUAAACAUACAUACAACAUAUAUAGAAAAAUAAAGCUACGAAGAAGACACGAACAUAUAAAUGAAUACAUUGCGGCAACGCCUAGGAAGGGUCAUGGGAAAAAUACUGAUGGGGAGUUUAAAAACCAAAUCAUCUUCCUAAGUUACAGGACAGUGUCAAUAAAAUACUGAUGGGGAGUUUAAACACCAGAUCAUCUUCCUAAGUUACAGGACAGUGUCAGUACAAAUACUGAGGGGGAGUUUAAACACCAAAUCAUCUUCCUAAGUUACAGGACAGUGUCAGUAAAAAUACUGAUGGGGCGUUUAAACACCAGAUCAUCUUCCUACGUUACAGGACAGUGUCAGUAAUAGUGAACACGGUAACAUAAACGCUAAUCCAACCAUUUGAUACCCGCGUCAUUUCUUUCACUAGUUUAGAUGUUAUCGCGUAUUCAGGAAGUUAUGUUUGUAAAGCUCUUUUUACUCUUCCUUGUUUACCAUUAUUGCAUCUUUAAGUUUCUUUGCAAACAAGAAUUUGGUCCUUACUAGUUCAUGUUCAUGUUCUGCGGGAAAAUGUCCUGAAAAGAUAUAUAUUUCAGUUAUACGAAUGAACUGGAUUUCAAACCUGCAGAUGGCAAAAUGAUGACGUUCUACUUAAGACUUUGCAUUUUGCGUUUGAUAGUAGUCUCGUCGGCACUGGAAUGUUACAACAGGACGGACUGUAAGUGUUGCGUUGAAACUGAUUGUGGCGUACAUCCUGUAUAUACGGAUAUAAAAUACCAUUGUCGCAAAGGAUGCAUUGAUGGUUACAGGGGCGCCCAGUGCUAUAUUAAAUGUCCAGAACACUGCAUAGCUUGUGAUAAAUACUGGUCAGUAACAUGUACCAAUUGCCUUGAUGGUUACUUCCUUGGAACAAGAAAGGACUGUAAAGGAAAAUGUCCUUCCAACUGUAAAGCUUGCUAUUCUUUAUCGCAUUGUAGCAAAUGUAAAGAAGGGUUUUACAGCAACGGUACCAAUAAUGACUGCCGAUAUGCUUAUUGUCCGGCUAACUGUGAAUGCGAAAAUGAAACAUGUAUCAAAUGUAAAGAUGGCUUUCAUAACACAAGUGUAUUAUGUGAAAUUACCUGUCCUCCAAACUGUGCUUCUUGCGUUUCCAAUGAAAUAUGCACAAAGUGCAAAGACGGAUAUUAUAGCGGAUUUAAAUUUGACAUUGAAGACAGUGGUAAAUCGGAAACAUGUGGUAAUAACUGCAGACAGUCUUGCAAACGUUGCACAUCGUAUAAUGAAUGUACACAAUGUAAUGAGGGGAGCUAUGGAGUGACUUGUGAAAAGCAUUGCGCAGUAGGAUGUAAUACAAUUAAUUGUUCUCUUACUACUGGAGAAUGUGAUUGCCGCGAGUCUUUUAUCGGCACGGACUGCACCAAUUGUACAGCGAGUAAAUACGGAUUGUUAUGCAAUAUGUCAUGUCCGUCGACUUGCAUAAAUGGAUUAUGUGACAAGAAUUCUGGAGAUUGUACAACUGGAUGUGUAAAUAAUAAUUUUACUGGAAGAAAAUGUUCCGAAUGUACAACUGGUAUGUUCGGAAACAUGUGUGACGCAGCGUGUUCUGGUAACUGCAAGAGUAAUACAUGUAAACGGGACAGCGGGAAAUGUUUAGACGGAUGUUCAGGCAAUUUUAAUGGUUCCUUUUGUAAAAAAUGUGUUUCCGGUAAGUUCGGACCGGAAUGUGAAUUGGACUGUCCCGAACGAUGUCGUGAUGGAAUAUGUCAGAAAGAUUCUGGACACUGUUUAACUUGUGAUGGAAACUUUGCUGGGGCUGCAUGUAAUAGCUGCAUACCUGGAUUUUAUGGUAUCAGUUGUAAAGCAAAAUGUUCUCAACACUGCUUAAGUAGUACAUGUGACCAAAUAACAGGAAACUGCCUCCCUGGGUGCAUGGUUGGUUUAUUUGGUCCAAAAUGUAAUACGUCCUGCAAUAGCCAAUGUAUUGACAAAUUGUGCAUGCAAGAUGACGGCAAAUGCACAAGGGGAUGUUACACGCCCUUUGAUAAUCAUUUGUGCUCUCUAAUUACAGAAAACCAGGAGUCAGACGACUCUACGCAGACAGCUAUUAUAGUGAUGGGGGUUAUCAUAGCCUUGCUUAUUGUUGUAGUCAUUGGCAUGGUCGUUUCUAAAUUUGCCGUCUGGAACAAACAAUCUACGCAAAGAAAUGGCAAAGGAACAGAUGUAUCUUUCGAAAAUACAACUUCAAAUAUUGAGCACAGAAGAAAUGACGAACAUAUGUCUACUGAGCUACAUGCUGUUUACUACAACGUCAUGGAAGAAAUAAAUGACUCCAGCAGUGCGGACAGUUCAAACGCAGUUGAAUAUGAGAAAAUAAAAUCAAUUCAAGUUCCAGAACACGAAUACGAACAUAUUUCGUCUGCUGUUUGAACUGCAAACAGAAGAAGCCAGAAACCAUAAGGGCAAGCUACACCUAUAUUGUCUGACUGAAACAGAUACGGCUAAUGAAUGAAUAACCGAAACUGAAUAUAUUAUGGAUUUACAAUAAAUCACACAUGUACACUUUAUCUUAAUGUGUUAAUACCAAACUGCAUAUUUAAUUGGAGUGUUAUUUACUUCAACUGUUUAUUGUUGUUUUUGUGAUCAGAAUAUAAAGUGAACUUUGAUCUUAUCUCUAAGGAAUAGUUUACUUGCCAAUUAACGUUAUGUAAAAAGCUAACAUUGUACAUAUAUAGUAUCUUAUUUAGUCUAGAAAUGCACAAAAAUUCCAACACGUUUAGUAGAAACAUUCAUUUUGUCAGUGAUAAAUUAUUCUUAUGUAUUUUGAAAUUUAGUUUUGGAAAAUGUUUUACGAAUGAUGUUGAGCGGUUGUAUGAAAACAAAACAGAAAAAACAUAGUAGGCUUGUCCUACCACUGUUAGAAUAAAAAUGGCAAACAUUCUUCGCUAGUUUCAGCUUUUAAAACUAUUCAAAAGUUGAAAUUAUAAGAAUGAUCAAAUCAAUAUACAAAUGAAAGUCAUUUUGAGGCAUAGAAAACGACUCAGACUCGGUUUGAAUAACUUGUUCGUGAGAGAGGAUGAAUAUAUAACAAUCCUCACAUACAUUGUAUGGAACGACGCAGCUGUUGGGACAUUUCAUGAUCUGUCGUCCAUAUUGUCACACAUUCAUGCUAUUAUGUUGACAUAUGUAUAAAAUUGUCUAACAUUUGUCUAGUUAUGCCAAGCCGCUAUGUUUAAAUCUCAAAAUGCGAUGUUACCCUAUUACACUAGUGUCAUUAUGUUAAAUAACUAAAUAAUGGUGUCAAAAAGUGAUGUGAACUUAUUCAUAUAAUGUUUUAUUUUCUCAAACAUAUAAUUAUGUUAUUUCUGUGUCGAAUUGUGAUGCUAACUUGUUCAAAAUGUAUAUUAUCAUGUCGAUGACAAUUUACGGUAUUGUGUGGUGAGCAUGCGGUGAGCCUAUCCAAAAAAUGUCUUCUUAUGUCAAAUUGUGAAGUCGACUUGUCAAAAUAUUGUCUUGUUGUGUUUAAAAGCUAUGUUAAUAUGUGCUAAUGCGGUGUCGCACUUCUCCAAGUAGUGUCAUUUUAUCAAACAACUAUUUCAUUAUGUCAAAAUAGGAAUCUGACUCGUCCAGAUAGUAUCUUAUUAUAUCAAAUGGUAAUGUUAAUGAUUUCAUGUCAGUAUGUGAUGCGGUCUUGUCCAAACAAAGUAUUGUUAUGCUACAUUGAUAUGCUUUAAUGUCAGUUAUCAGGUGUUGUGGUCGGCGCCGGACGUUACCAGUGAUUGCGGAGGUAGUUUGCGCCGCCUGACUGUGGCUAAUCUUUACCUUGGAAAUUAGAACUUUUUAUUUAUAUUGUGUGUGCAUUUGUUUUGUAUUUUUAUGUACAUUUUCCGUUGUAUAUGAAAAUGAAUAAAAGGGUCGGAAGCCUGAAGCGUUAGGCAAAUAGUGUAUUAAUUAUACAGGCGUAAAACCUUCAGUUGAAUGCCUUUGGUUCAUAUAGCAUCUGUUCAUAAGAACUGGUAAAUUACGACGGUCGAUCUUUCCCUAGCAUAGCUGAUAUAACACUAAUGGUAAUAUUGCUUAUUAUACUUCUGAAAUAUGAUCUACCAUAAUCUUAGUCGUUUGAAACGAGUUAAAUAUUUCAACAUGUCCUGUGACAUUAGCGCUUCAUCCAGAUCGAACAGUGUGAACAUUUCUUUGUCUUUGUAUAAAAUGUGGCUGCCACAUUUUCCGUUAUAAACAUAAAAAUACAUUAAUUUUUAGUUAAAUCCUAUUUCUGAUAAUUACUUUCUUCACCCUAUUUCUGAUAAUUACUUUCUUCAACAUUUGUCAAAGGCUUGAAUAUUGCUGGAUGUACAAGAAUUUUUAAUUGAAUCUAUUGUUUUUAUUACCUCCCUUUAUGACUCUGUUUAUAAUGGUUCAUGUGCAAUAUUAAAAGUAUUGCUUUUCGUACCAUGUAAGUACACAUAAAAUCUUUUUGGAAUGCUGUUUCAUCUGUUUUUAAGAUAAAAUUUUUAAGCAUUACAGACCAUUAAUAUUGUCUGUUUAUAUCGAGGUAUAGAAGGAUGUCUGAUAUAAUACAGUUAUCUUUCAGUUAGAUUUGUAAUGUAACAGGUUUGAAAGGUUCGGAAUAUUGUAUAUUCUAUAAAUCAUUGUCUAAUAUGUUACGGAGAAAGAUGAUAAACUGUAAUACUUGAAUCAAAAUAGAAAAUAUUGAAAGCUUUCUGAAUGAUCAAACCUGUCACAAAACAUGUAGCCCAAGGGUUAAACAGGUAUACUUAGUUGUUUAUACCAUUUACUUCCGGGAUCAAAAUUAAAUAUGUUUAAAGAAAAGGCACGACGAAUUGCGUAAUUUUACAUAGCGGCUAGACUGCUUAAUUAAAUAUAUAUGCUGAAAUAUAAUUAUCUGGAGGGAGAGAGAGAGAUGGGGUAGAAAUGCUAGAUUGAUAAGGUCACCAUCACUUGAUAAUAUUUACGUAAAAAUGUCAUGUUUAAAUAUCAAAGACUGUUGCUAUGUCAAAUAAAACUGGUU